AAAUCCAGUGGUUAUAUGUAUCCUGAGUAUGCAGGACACGGAAUUUUCUCUAUUAAGUCAGAUGUGUUUAGCUUUGGUGUCUUGGUAUUAGAAAUUGUGAGUGGGAAAAGAAAUAGGGGAUUUUCUCGUCAUCAAGAUCACUAUGAGAACCUUCUUGGCCAUGCAUGGAAGUUUUAUAGAGAUGGUAGACCAAUUGAACUUGUAGAAGAUCAUCUGGCUGAACCACAAGAUUUGCCUCAACUUCUAAGAUCAAUCCAAGUUGGCUUGCUAUGCGUUCAACACUGCCCUGAAGAUAGGCCAAACAUGUCUUCCAUUGUUCAUAUGUUGGCUAAUGAUGUUCAAUUACCCAUUCCUAAAGAGCCAGGUUUCUUCACAGAGAAAAGGGCAAUUGAGCGCAAUUCUUCAGACACAGAAAAAUCAUGUUCCAUAAAUGAACUCACCAUCUCAGUGCUCAAUCCUCGUUAAAAACGAUGGCUU